AUGGCCGUUGGUAUCUUCUCCAACCCUACAGCGCUGGGCGUCGGCCCCAGCAUGUCCCCCAACGUCGGUCCGCGCCAGCAGAAUCGUUUCGAAGAACUCGUGCAGAGACUCAAAGACGCCCUUGGUCCAUCGUCAGGGUUGACCUCGGAUGAUGUCGACGUAGACUAUCUCCAACAACUGAUGGAGGGCUAUGAUAGCUCUAAUAAUUCGUGGUCCAAAUAUGCGUUUGGCGAUAGAACCAGGGGCUACACCCGCAACCUCGUCGACGAAGGCAACGGCAAGAGUAAUCUGCUUGUUCUUGUAUGGACUCCUGGAAAGGGGUCUCCUAUUCACGACCACGGCAACGCCCACUGCAUCAUGAAGAUCCUGCGCGGCGAACUGACCGAGACUCGAUAUGCAUUCCCAGAAGAGAAUGAAGAAGAGGGACCAAUGAAUAUCAUCUCCGAGAGAACAUUUAAAGAGAACGCCGUUACCUACAUGGCUGACGAGCUUGGGCUCCAUCGAGUGACCAAUCGCGGCAGCAACUUUGCUGUCUCAUUGCAUUUAUAUACUCCUCCAAACGUGGCAAAGAAGGGUUGCCAUAUCUUUGACGAAAAAACAGGACGGAAGAGCCAUGUGCCGGGCUGUCACUACUACUCGGCAUAUGGGCGACUGCUCAAGGAGUAG